AUGCCUCCUCCGCUGCCCAUGCCUCCGCUGCCCGUGCCUCCGCCGCCCGUGCCUCCGCCGCCCAUGCCUCCGCCGCCCAUGCCUCCGCCGCCCAUGCCUCCUCCGCCGCCCAUUCCCCCUCCGCCCAUGCUACCUCCGCCUAUGCCUCCCGCGCCCAUGCCUCCCCCGCCCAUAUUUCCUCCGCCCAUGCCUCCUCCGCCCAUGCUUCCGCCGCCCAUGCCUCCCCCGCCCAUGUAUCCUCCGCCCAUGCUUCCUCCGCCCAUGCCUCCUCCGCCCAUGCCUCCUCCGCCCAUGUAUCCUCCGCCCAUGUUUCCUCCGCCCAUGCCUCCUCCCCCGCCCAUCCCCCCUCCGCCCAUGCUUCCUCCGCCUAUGCCUCCCCCGCCCAUAUUUCCUCCGCCCAUGCCUCCUCCGCCCAUGCUUCCGCCGCCCAUGCCUCCUCCGCCCAUGCUUCCUCCGCCCAUGCCUCCUCCGCCUAUGCCUCCCCCGCCCAUGUUUCCUCCGCCCAUGCUUCCUCCGCCCAUGCCUCCUCCGCCCAUUCUUCCUCCGCCCAUGCCUCCUCCGACGCCCAUGUUUCCUCCGCCCAUGCUCCCCCCGCCCAUGCCGCCUCCACCCAUACCUCCCCCACCCAUCCCCCCUCCGCCCGCAUUACCUGGUUGCCCGCUCAUCCCGCCACCUCCUUGCGAGCCAAACCCGCCCUGCCCGCCGCUUGACGCGCCACUUCCGCCUCCGCCGCUGGUCUGGGGGGGGCGGAAGAAGGACCAGCUACCGCCUGCACGCGACGGCGGGAAAGGUAGUCCCGUAAAACCGAGUGGACGUGUAGUGAGUCGGUCAUGA